AUGAGCGUCGACGUGUUUGGUCACACUCUGGAACAAGUCAAUAGCAGACCAGGUCCUCCCGGUAUCGGCUUCCAAUUGACAGCAGACGGUCAGUACGAUCUGCAAAAUAAGAGAUUGUGCAACCUUUCGGAGCCUCAGGAGUCGAGCGAUGCAGUCAACCUCGACAUCUUGCAACGCUCGCUUCAUUCUGAAGUACGCAGUGUGUACGAGGUUACAGCUCUCUUGAGAAAGGACCUCGACGAUGCAAAAUUAGAGCUACAAAUUUUCAAAGACCAGAGUGCAGAGAAAGUGAAGAAAAUUGACGUGGCUAUCGAGGAAUUGCAAACGCUGACACAUCGGGGAAUAGUAGAGGAAAUUCAUAAGCCAGCACGACGCAACUAUCCCAGACGAAAGUUUAACGUACGAGGAUUGGAUGAGACUUGGCAAGCUGAUCUCGUGGAGAUGCAACCCUACGCUCGAGUGAACAAAGGCUUCAGAUACUUGCUGACCAUCGUGGAUGUAUUUUCCAAGUCUGCGUGGGCUGUUCCAGUCAAGCGAAAAUUCAGAGAAGAAGUCACUGCAGCGAUGAAGUCUGUACUGCAUCAAGGACGAGUACCUACAAAUUUGCAGACAGAUCGAGACAAGGAGUUCUACAACAAGAGUUUCCAGAAUCUCAUGAAGUUCUACAACAUCAAUCUCUACUCCACAUACAGCAAUCUCAAAGCUUCGAUUUGUGAACGCUUCAAUCGGACUCUCAAGAACAAGAUGUGGAUACAGUUCAGCUUACGAGGAAACUACAAGUGGCUCGACAUCUUGCCCGAUCUCAUAGCAAAGUACAACGAUACCAAGCAUCGAACUAUCGGUAUAAAACCCAACGAAGUCUCCAACCAUCGAGCCCAAGUUUUGAAACGAUUUCGUAAAAAGUCCGGAGUAACGAAGAAAAAGCAGAAGUUCAAGGUUGGCGACAAAGUACGAGUGAGCAACGCCAAGCAAGUGUUCGAUAAAGGAUACACACCCAACUGGUCCACGGAGAUAUUCACAGUCAGCCACGUGAUUCCUAACAAUCCAGUGACUUACAAGUUGAAGGACUAUCGAGACGAGCCCAUAGCUGGUGGAUUCUACGAACAAGAACUCUCGAAGACCAAGUAUCCCGACGUAUACCUCGUGGAGAAAGUCUUGAAGAGACGAGGAAAUCAAGUCUAUGUCAAGUGGCUGGGGUUCGAUAGCACUCACAACAGCUGGACUGACAAAUCAUCGGUGUAAAAAAUAGGACUGAAAUAAAGAAUUUUUUUUUAAAACUUAUAUGAUAGUGUUAUUUCUAAUCCUAAAUUUGUUUAGAGAUGGUGAGAGCCCCCACCUUCGCUCUGACCUGUGAGGUACUUCCAGUUCA